UCCAAAAACUUUAACAGAAAUUAACAGCAACUGUAAUUAAAACCUCAACAUUUCUGACACUCACAGCAUGUUCUCUACCAAGGGGAUGGGAUUACUGAGUUGAAGAUCUCUGCUAAUCUGAAAAUUCAUCUGCGAUCCCCCAUCCCCCAGACCUGUGUGUGUUCUGGCCGUUUUAUUUGAAUGGAAAGUUGAAAGACAGCGAGCAGCCAGCGACACCCAUCCAGCGCUGCAGGGGUGGCAUUGCAAAGUUCUAGGGCAGAGCCUCGGUUCCCAGGGCUGGAGAUGCUGUCGCUCCCCGAUACCUGAUACCUGCUCAGCCUCACGCGGAAUCUGAAGGUCUGCCCGCCCAGGAACAGGGGCGUCUCCAACUGGCUGCCAACCCACCCAAGCUUUCCUCUCCACGCCUCUCCACCACCACCACCUUCCCACCUUCUCCCCUCCCCCUCCUCUCCUCUUCCCUCUCCACCCCCGCCCCCAAGCUCCUCUUUUUCUCACUACAAGCGCUUGCUGAUGCUGAAGCCGAGCGUCACUUCGGCUCCCACGGCAGACAUGGCGACAUUGACAGUGGUCCAGCCGCUCACUCUGGACAGAGAUGUUGCCAGAGCAAUUGAAUUACUGGAAAAACUACAGGAAUCUGGAGAAGUACCAGUGCACAAGCUACAGUCCCUCAAAAAAGUGCUUCAGAGUGAGUUUUGUACUGCUAUUCGAGAGGUGUAUCAGUAUAUGCAUGAAACCAUAACUGUCAAUGGCUGCCCCGAAUUCCGUGCCAGGGCCACAGCAAAGGCAACAGUUGCAGCUUUUGCAGCUAGCGAAGGCCACUCCCACCCUCGGGUAGUCGAACUGCCAAAGACUGAUGAAGGCCUUGGUUUUAACGUGAUGGGAGGAAAAGAGCAAAAUUCCCCCAUUUAUAUAUCUCGCAUCAUUCCUGGAGGGGUGGCUGAAAGACAUGGAGGCCUCAAAAGAGGAGACCAGCUGCUAUCAGUGAAUGGAGUGAGUGUGGAAGGAGAACAUCAUGAAAAAGCUGUGGAACUACUCAAAGCAGCUAAGGACAGCGUCAAGCUGGUGGUCCGAUAUACCCCGAAAGUUCUGGAAGAAAUGGAGGCUCGCUUUGAAAAGCUACGGACUGCCCGUCGUCGGCAGCAGCAGCAAUUGCUAAUCCAGCAGCAGCAACAACAGCAGCAGCAACAAACACAGCAAAACCACAUGUCAUAGGUCCUUGAAGAAAAGCUACUUGAUCAAACAUCUGAUAGUCACAAAUUUGAAGUCGUGCUUCAGAAUCCCAGCACAUAGUAAAAGGAGGAAAAAAAAACCCACACUGAUAAUUAUACCUGUCAAGAAGCUGUGAACACGUGGUGUAUAAAUUCUUUACCAAGGCAACUUGACACCUUCUUUCUCUGAGUCUGAACCCCCACUUUUCCCAUACUCUUUACACACACAGACCUUCCAUUCAUGCAGUGAGGAUUCUUCGUGUGUAAAGGUAGCGGUUUGCCAGUCUACACACUGAAACAGUACAGGAUGUAUAAAGUCUAUGACUUUCAAA